AUGACGUCGACCUCUCUGUCUGAGCUUACACAGCAGCUUCUUGCCAAGGCUGAGAAAGUGGAAAGCCUGGCACCUCAGUCUACCGGCCAAGUCCUCUUCCAGUUGGAAGGCCAAUCCCCCGAGCUGAAGAAGGCCCGUCGAGAACUCCUCGAAAUCACCCAAGAAAUCCAGGUUCGCGCCAGGGGGCCUGCGGACCUCCUCGAGCAGUAUCAAAUCCAAUACAAUGCCCUCUCCUGUCUCCGGUGGCUCCUUCACUUCAAAAUCUUCACCCACGUCCCCGCGGACUCCAAGCCCAUAGCAUACGCGACCCUCGCCUCGCUCGCCUCCGUGCCCCUGGGCCGUCUGCAAUCCGUGGCGCGGAUGGCCAUGACGGCGGGUCUGUUCGCCGAGCCGGACCCGGGACACGUAGCCCACAGCCCGCUGUCCCUGCGCUUCGCGACGGACGCGCUCCUCCGCGACUGGGCCGUCUUCAUCACGGAGUACGGGGCGCCGGCGACGCAGGCGAUGACGGAGGCGACGGAGAAGUGGGGCGAGUCCAGGGCCCUGGACCAGACGGCGUGGAACGUGUUCGGCGGCACGACCAAGACCUUCUUCGAGUACCUCAAGGACGUCCCGGGCAUGGUCGACCUGUUCAGCAGGUACAUGCAGGGCCAGGGGCUGAGCGAAGGGAUGAGGCUGGAGCACGUGCUGGACGGGUUCGAUUGGGCGGGAUUAGACGAUGACGCACACAUCGUCGAUGUCGGCGGGUCGAACGGAUUCGUAUCCGUGGCUCUCGCAAAAGCCCACCCCGGAUUCAAAUUCACGGUCCAGGACCUCCCGGAGGCCGUCGAAGCGCUAUCCUCGACGCUCGCGGACCUCCCCGACGCCAUCGCCUCGCGCGUGCAGUUCCAAGCGCACAGCUUCUUCGACCCGCAGCCCCCGCAGCAUCCCGCGCCCGACGUGUACUUCCUGCGGAAGAUCCUGCACGACUGGCCGGCCGACCGGGCGCGCGAGAUCCUCUCGCAGCUAGGGGAGGCGCUGAGGAACAGGAAAGAGGAGAAGGAGAGGCCGGGAAGCGCGCGCAUCGUCAUCAUGGAUAUCAUCUUGCCUGCCCCCGGCACGAUCGAGCGCACCCAGGAGGCGAUGCUGCGCGUGAGAGAUCUUUCCAUGGCGCAGGCGUUCAAUAGCCAGGAGAGGAACUUGGGCGACUGGGAAGAACUGUUCGAGAGCGCGGAGCCGAAGCUACGGCUGCUCGGGUGGAAACAGCCUCCUGGAAGCGCGAUGGCGGUGAUGGAAGUGGGUUUGGCUGAAUAG